AUGACGACCGCAACGUCAUUCUCCACCGCUCUUGUUCUCUUGGUCCUCACGAUUUUCGUUUCUGUCACGGUCACCACCGUACGCCAGCCUCUCUCCCAAUGGCGUACUGCCGUUCUCUGGUGCUGCAACGAGACGCAGGCAGGCCAAGGUAACGUCGUCAGCGCCCUUCUUGUCCUCCUGGGCAUCGUCGCCGACCUGAUCAGUGCGCUCGUUGGUUCAGGCUGCACCUCCAUCAACGCCCUUGGCAUUGGUGCUGGAGGCAUGUGCACUAACAAUAACUUCGUCAGCUUUCUAUCAUUUUGCGAGGGCUGCGCUCCCGUCACCAAUGGCGCUUUAAGUGUAGUUCUUUGUUGUUGGGCCAUGUAG